CCGGUGGCACUUUACCUGCACUAAGUUAUCCUGAAACUAGAACUCGUCCGACAGGCACACCUAAACUACUAAAGGUGCACUGCCAAAGUGACAGGUAUACAAAGACGAUGUCUAGGUGCGCUCCGAAUAGAACACCUUCCAGCAAUGACGUUCGAGCCGAGGACUAUAUCGGUGACGCCAACGAGGGAGAAACGACGAUGUCGGUGAUGGUGACGAAGAGCUGGCCUUCGCAGCAGAAGCACAGUCCUAAGAAUGCAGUGCGUCAAGAGAUGGCGAGACAAGCGAACACAAUGCGAAAGAUGAAAGGUGCAGUGGAGCAGACUAGUAGUGGUGGUCGCAGAGAAGAUAAUAAUGGAAAAAGGCCAGCAACGGGACGAAGUACAUCCCCGAAGAAUCAGAAAUCCAAAGCGGUCGCCGGUGCACUUGCUACCGAAGGAAAGCCUGCAGUUAGAGACCCUUCUAGUGAUCCCAAUACGCGGAUUACUCCCGUUGCUAAGGACAUCCACGAGGAAAAGGCGGGCGGCGCUUCCGAGAAGCGUAAAAGGAAAUCACAAGCUGGAGAAGGAGGUAAUCGUCGGAGGAAAGCACGAAAGGGUGGGGAAGAUGAGGCAGGGACAAGGCAGCAAGACGGCGAGCCUGCCAACAAUAAAAAGUACAAUGAAGCAGCAACUUUUUUCCUGGAGUAUAAGCUUAACAACCGCAGCGAGUACGUGUUGAUGAAUGACCCUCAGAGACUUCUCAUCGACCCGAGGAGGGUUUGCGAAAUUCCUAGAUGGGAACACAAUUAUAAUUACCGCAGCCUCGACAAGAACCAUGUGGAUGAGAUCAAGAGCUCGAUGCUGCACAUGUAUCACACAGAGCCCAACAGUGUUUGGGAGAAACAAACUAUGGUCCUGGCACCCAUCCGCAAGGAGGUGGAGUAGGAACCGGAGAUAGCUUAGCAAA